UGCGCUACCGCAGCACGUUCUCUCUCAGUUUCGUUCAGAGCACCCUUAUUACGGUGCACCAAUCCCGCAUUCUCAUAUAUUACCUGCGACUACGUGACAGUCGUCAUGCUUGUGAUUUCGUCGUUUUUUUUACCUGCGCUUGACCUUACUCGGCGAACAUAAAGCAUGUUCGAAGCGUGGGUCCGCUCAAUAGGUUACCUGCGUGUCUUACAACCAACUUGCUAUCGAGUGUUGAGCGAGUAGACGCGAAGGAAAAUAUCUCAUGUAAAUGAGCUUGCGAGAAUAUUUUAGGUUAGAAUAAUUUUGGACUUGCAUGAGUAGCGAUUUAUCAUUUCCACCAUUUUCGAUUCAUUUUCCGCGGGAAUGUACUCAGAUAGUAGCUAAAUUUAGACGUGAUUACGAGCUUAUACAGAGUUACGGAACAUCAUUGACAAGCUGGCGCAGUUUGUCGCGCGCAACGGACCAGAAUUUGAGCAGAUGACUAAGAACAAGCAGAAGGACAACCCAAAGUUUGGUUUCCUGUUCGGCGGGGAGCACUUCAACUACUAUCAGUACAAAGUGACCACGGAGCAAGCCAUUUUAAAGCAAAAAGGAAUAAAUCCAAUGCAAAAUGCAGACCCACGUUUAAACGUUUCGCAGCAGCAGCAAACAGCCGCUACCGUCUCGCAGCCACUGAAUAACGUCAAUCUUGCGUCCGGUCUAAGUACACAACAAAACAAUGGCAUAAAUCCGGUGGUCGGAAUCGGACCGGUCGGAAGCCAAGGCGGUCCCGUUUUGCCUGGCGUGCCUGGACAGAUCGGGGGGCCGGGAAAUGCAGGGCCGCCCGGAAUCGGACCAGUUUCCGGCAUGGGAGGUGUGAACCCACCGAUCGCCGGGGUCGCGCAAGCGGUUAACAUCGGGGGCCCACCCGCGUGGCUCCAGAAUGAACUGGCGAAUCUACAGUCGCAGCAGACAACGUUGCAGGACCAAGUCAGACAAUCAGAACAGAACCUGGCUGCACAACAUGCUGCGCUGAUGGCGCAACAGCAGGGAAGAGUAGAGGACGCCGUGAGGCAGGCACAGGAAACGGCGCUGCAAAACAGUGCGCAAAGCACAAACACAGAUCUGGCUGCGUUUGACACGGUACUGCAACCGAUCAUCGAUAGCUGCACGAAGGACAGCAUAAGCGCGGGAAAGGCCUGGAUACUUCAAAACUCAAUUACGCCACAGAGCAAUCAAGUAGUCGCCGAUCAUUUGCUGAAGAAAGUAAUUCAGGGAACAACUUUUAGCCACAAACUGCACAUUAUUUAUCUGGUGAAUGAUGUCUUGCAUCACUGUGCAAGAAAGAAAUCUAUGGAUCUUCGUAAGGCGAUGGAAAGUGUUGUUGUGCCCAUGUUCUGUAACACCUCACUAGCCGCAUCUGAAGAACAGCUUAAUAAGCUAAACAAACUGUUGAGCUUGUGGGAGUCGAAGAACAAUUACUUCGACGAAGGAAUCAUAGAUAAGUUGAAGCAGCCGAGUGCUUCUUGGUCGGAAUACCAAGCUAGUUUGGUAGCGCAGUAUGCCAACGCUAUCACACCCAUUACGGCGUCAACGAAGCAAACGUUCGAUAACUAUCAAGCGCAACAUCAAGCGUUCGUUACACAUGCGCUCAGACAAAUCCAGAAUAUCGAGCAGCAAAAGAUAGCAAUAGAUCAGCAAUUGAAAGCACCGCCGCCGCCGCCACCACCCCAAAUGAAUCAGCAGAACAUUUCCAUACCACCUAGUCAUCCCGGACCGCCGGGCACAAUAGGCACAGAUGUGAACUUCAGCCAACCGCCACCGGGAUGGGGUGUGCCUCAAUCAAACGAACCACCGCCAUUUAGCAACGUACCUCUGCCGGACUUUUCGAAGCCACCACCAGGUUUUGGACCCGCACCUGUUAUUCAUGAACCUUCCGUGGAGGACUUAAUGCCUAGCAUGCCUUACUUCGAGCUCCCAGCCGGUCUUAUGGUGCCCCUGAUAAAGCUGGAGGAUGGGGAAUACAAGCCGCUAGAUCCUGACGCGAUAAGACUUCCACCGCCUGCUCCUCCAAGCGAUCGUUUGGUUGCAGCUGUAGAAGCGUUUUACGCGCCACCAAAUCAUGAUUCUCCGAGAGACAGUGAUGGCUGGGAGAAGUUGGGAUUGUACGAGUAUUACAAGGCGAAGAAUUCCGCGCGCAAGCGCAAGGAGGAGGAUAUAACCGCCGGCAUCAGACAAAGAUCUAGAUCUCCAUCACCGAUCCUGCGACCGAGAUCCAAAAGUCCUAGUCCGCCAAAGAAACGUUACAGGAGCAAAUCGCGCAGCAGGUCGCGUUCACGUUCGCGAGGCAGAAGUAGAUCCAGAUCGCCGGCGACUAACCACAGACGCAAUAGUCGCAAUAGCAAUCAUAAUAGCAGAAGUAGAAGGAGGAGAAACAGUAAUAAGGAUCGUAGCCCUGACAGAAGGAUGGAUAGACAAGAUAGGAGUCCAACACCUCCAAGUUUUCUUGGCUCCACAUACAGUAAAGUUCCGCAGGAGAUCAGUAUCGACGAGAGCAAUAAAGGACAUCAGUUGCUCAAGAAAAUGGGUUGGGGUGGUGCGGGUCUUGGCGCGAACGAACAGGGUAUCGAGGCGCCCAUCUCUGGCGGCGAGAUUCGCGAUAAGAACGAUCAGUACAAAGGAGUCGGUAUCAAUCUAAAUGACCCGUACGAGAACUUCAGGAAAAGUAAGGGUCAGGCCUUCAUCACAAGAAUGAAAGCAAGAGCGGAGGAGCGAGCCGAGGAGAGAGGGGAGCGUGACUGAAAGCGUCGUUGAUGAAAUACGAGGUUAUUUGAGUGUUCAUGAAACUUUUGUUAUUGGAACCAGUCACAAAACCUGGUAUACUCCGAAGAAGAAAAGAAGAAGAAGAUUCUUGUUUCGCGAUGGACACAAUUCUGGAGCGUUUAUCCGCGGUCCUAUCUGUCUUUCAAGACUCGCUUGAAAGAUCGACACACUUCCUUGACUCUUAAGAGCAGUUGUCUUUCAUCAACCGAACCCCAUCGUGCCGAGUGAUCGCAGAUGGGUGCUGAUUGUUGUAUUCUGAUGCCAACACUCACUCCUGAUGACAGCAAUCAGCGCGUAUUUUGUGUCUCAAAAAAUUGUACAUUUUUUAUAUAGGUACACAUAUUCUGGAACGCGACAUUUCUGAAGAAUUAAUCUCAAUUUUCCGGCGCUUGAGCGCGUACGCUGAUGUACAUUUUUUAUGAGUAUACAGAGUGUCACGUAACAUCUAUCACGUCGAUAUCUAUCACGUGACAUGGUGCAUAAAUUGAAAUUGUACCUAUUUGUUGUUUAAUGAUUCUUUUAUUGGAUGUUGUAUACGACAUUCUAUUAGAAAUUACAGAGAAACAUAUAUUUAAUGACUCUGUAUCGAUAAAUGAAGCUAUAUCGAGCUCCGAAGCUCUUUCGAAAUCUGAUAAAAGGAGAUUGGUCCAUUUUAUUUGCAUAAUUUUGCAUUAAUCGGGAUUAAAGUGAAGCAAGAUCCUUCGUCUCUCGGACUAAGGGAGUCACAAUUCCUGUUACAUUUUAAUCGUGUACGUAAUGCGUAACGACGAUAAUUUUCGUUCCGUUGCCACGCAUUACAUUACAGCAGCAUGUUGCAUGAUCAUACAGUUUUCUUCUGUAUUAUCUUGUUAUGUGAACAUAAGGGAGAGAAACAGAAAAAUACAGACCAUACAGUACGUAUCUAGUAAGUUAAGAAAUGAUUAUAUUGGAUACACAACGCGAUAGCUCAAAGAAAAAUAAAAACUGUACAUUUAUUACGAAA